AUGGAUCUGCUCCCUCUGUGUCCUGUAUCACACACCCCGCAGGCUGCACAGUGUAACACAUGGCGGCCUGCACUCCAUAAUUAUUGACAGGUUUGAUGGACUCAGUGAGUGGAAAGUAUGGGGAAAUUGGAGUUUCAGUUGUCUGCCCCCCGGCUCAUGACUGUAAUGGAAAGAUUAAAAGCAACGGUCACAUCAGUGCCAAAAUACAACCCUCCCUGUUUACUCUCACGCCUCCUUUUUUACUUUCUCCAACACUUUAACUCGAUUACAGAGGAUUCACUUAUUUAAAGACUCUGCAGUUUAUUUUUGGAUCACCCAAGAAUAACACGACUACAACAGCCGCUCCUGAGCCUGCAGAGGAUCCAGUGGGGCAGAGAGAGGCUCUCCUGCACAGCUCCAGCAUGUCUCUCAGGCUCCUGCCGGCCAUCAUCAUGGACAAUGAUGAGGACGAUGAUGGGAACUUCACCAAGUGGAUGAGCAGUUACUGGGGACACGGUUCAGAGUCUGGACACUCCAGAGACAGGAAACGCAGCUUCAGAAGACCAGGAAAAACGCACGCUGACAGGAGAGCAUCACUGCCCACUGUGACACAGUUAGACGCCAUGAAGUUAAACCGGCUCCACGCAGCUACAAUGGCCCCCAGCCCGAGCCACGUCAAAACCAGGGAGGAGAAGGGGGAGGUCCGGCCCCACCAGAGGGCUCGACGCGCCUCCUCAGACGACAACAGCCGGGGGAAGUCGGCCUUCCAGGAGAUGCGCAUCGGUACCAUCCCAGAACUCACAGAGUCCUUCGAGAGGAGACUGUUCCUCAGAGAUAAGAGGACCACAUCCCAGAAUGAUGAAGAAAAGCUGUGCCUGAUCUGUCACGAAGACGUGAGGAUGAGUGGAGGAGGAGUUCACGAGCUGCACUGUACACACCGUUUGCACAAAGAGACAGCCCGUAGGUCAGAGCAGAGUCGGCCUGGCAGCAGCGGGGAAGCAGCGGCAUGUCAGGGGAGGAGACCCUCGAAUGAGAGGCGGAAGUCUGCGGAUGGACCCAUCUCCAUGGAGAAGGAGCAGCACACACCCCGCCGUCAGCUCUCCCUGAGGAGACACCGCUGACUUUCUCUGUGG